AUGGCGGAUACGCAGCAAGAACCGAUCCCGAACGACGCAACGAUACUGGUGACCGGCGCCAAUGGCUUCGUUGGGUCACAUGUAGCAGACCAGUUUCUACAGCGGGGGUUCAAGGUCCGCGGCGUCGUGCGCGACCGGGCGAGGAGUGCCUGGCUUGCCCAGCUCUUCCACAACAAGUACGGCCGAGACAGCUUUGAUCUAUUCCCCGUCGCCGACAUGGCAACCGAGGGAGCAUUCAGCGAAGCCGCCGCUGGGGUCUCUACCAUUGUGCACACAGCUUCAGUCAUGACCUUUGACUACGAUCCUAAUACCGUCAUCCCUCCCGCGAUCGCCGGCGCCCUGAACGCACUCAAGGCAGCAUACGCGCAGCCUAGUGUGAAGCGAUUCGUUCUCACGUCGUCUUCUACUGCGGCGUACUUGCCCGACUCGGGCGGCAACGGUGCGGCGCCCAUCGACAUUACAACAGAGACGUGGAACGAGGAUGCAAUUCGGAGAGCGUGGGCGGAUCCGCCCUACACUCCUGAGCGUGCGUCGUUCGUCUACGCCGCGAGCAAGGCCCAGGCCGAGCAGCGCGUCUGGGAGUUUCACCGCGAGAAUCGCCAUCGGCGACCAGACCUCACUGUAAACACCCUCCUUCCAAACAUGAACUUUGGGCGCAGCAUCGACCCAGUGCACCAGGGCCAUUCGAGCAUGUCGGGCCUUGUCGUGGACCUGUGGCAUGGGAAGACGCCCCAGCUCCUCGACGUACUACCCGCGCAAUACUUUAUCGACGUGCAAGACUGCGCACGGCUUCACGUGGCCGCGACGGUGCUUCCUGGCGUGCAAGGCGAGCGCAUCUUUGGCUUUGCCGGCCGGUUCAACUGGGUUGAUGUCUUGGACAUCUUGCGCAGACAGAACCCGGAGAGGAGCUUCACACAAAAGGUCGCUGGCGGUUGGGACCGUCGCGAGAUUGAGCCGCGGGCUCGCGCAGAGGAGAUGCUAUGCGCAAUGGGACAGGAGGGCUGGACGUCGUUGGAGCAGUCCGUCUGGCAAAAUACGGAGCAUCUUCGACCUGGAAAUUAG